AUGCUGUCCUCGCUGAACCCCGUUCCCACCUUUCCCCAAUACACCGGCCCAUACAAGGUCGGCACCGUCGACGUCGAGAUCCCCGUCUCCGAGCUCCCAUCACCUAGCCCUCGCCCCGACAACGCAGAGCACAUCCUGACGGUACAGUUUCGCAUCUUCUACCCUGCGUCGCUCGACUCCAAGGGCCUCAAUGGCGGCGACAGGGUGACGUGGCUGCCCAUGCCGCAGAGGCAGCAUAUUUCGAGCUACACCAAGUUCGUCGGCGCCGGUCCCCUUCUGGCUGAAGUCCUCUCAUACUUCCCGCGACACCUCCACUACACCUCCAUCCCCGUCCACAAAAACGCCGACAUCCACCCCGCAAACACCCCCAACGGCCGCUGGCCCACAAUCCUCUUCUCCCACGGCCUUGGUGGCUCCCGCAACGCCUACUCCCACGUAGCCGGCUCCCUCGCCUCCCACGGCGCCGUCGUCAUCUGCCCCGAGCACCGCGACGGCAGCGCCGUGACCUCCUUCAUCCGCAACCCCGAAAAACACCGCCAGCUCCAAGAGAAGAAACGCAAGGGCGGCGAGCGAGGUUUCUUCUUGCGUGGCAGCAGCGUCGGCGCUAGGAACGUCGUCGUGCCGUAUAGACGCAUCUCGCAUACCGUUUCGCCUGAGAUGUAUGCCGCGAGGGAGGAGCAGCUGCGUAUUCGGACGUGGGAGAUGGGGUUGGUGCAUGAGGCUGUGCUGGCUAUUGAUAGGGGCGAGCGGGGGCUGACGAACUUGAAUUCUUCGACGCCGAGUUUGGAGCCGUUUGUGGGUAUGAUGCAUGUGCAUGAGCCGGGGAGCAUUGUUUUUGCGGGGCAUAGUUUCGGGAGCGCCACGACGGUGCAGUUGCUCAAGUCGACGUAUUACGCGGAUCACCCUGCUCUGAGCACCAUGAAGAAGGCGCCGUUAUUCACACCGGCUGAAGGGUCCGAGAUCAGGAGGCAGAUUACUGAGAGGACGGUUACGAUCCUCCUAGACACUUGGGUGACGCCGCUCAUCGACCCCGGCUUCGCGCCGCUGUUCGAUCUGCCUCUCCCCGCGUACGCCGACACGCCCAACGCCGCAGGAGGCAAGGCCAUCCUCUCCGUGCUCUCGGACCAGUUCUAUAAGUGGCACGAGCACCUCCGCGUAACGGCGCGCGUGCUCUCCCCCUCACCCGCACACGAAAUCCCCACCCCCUCGCUCUACAAGCGCUCGGAUCCAUCCCUCCCCGACUUCCCAGAGCCGAAUCUGUUCUACGUUCGCGAAUCGGCGCAUCUUAGCCAGUCGGACUUCGGCAUCCUCUUCCCCUGGUUGACCAAGAAGAUGUUUAGCGCCGUGGAGCCCGAGAGGGCGAUUCGGUUGAACUUGAGGGCGCAACUGCAGGUCCUCAGGGAGAAUGGGAUUCCUAUCGCUAGGACUUGCGCGGCUGAUUUGGUGGACGGCGUUGUCGAUGGCGAUGAGGUCUUUGAAGAGGUGAGGAAGGGGAAUGGGCAUGGCGAUUCCAAUGAUGAUAGGGCGAUCCUAGAUAAGUCGGGAGACGUCCACGUUGGGCACUGGGUGCGGAUUGAUAUCGUGGCCUUGUUCACCGGCAGUGACUCCGAGAGCGAGUCGUUGCAUGCUAAGGAGAGUAGUGAUAUGAAUAAGGAGAGGGUUGAGCAGAGUGACGAGGCUAUGGCGCAGCAUCUUGAGCCUGGGCUUGAAGGAACCGCUCGACAAGGUCCGGCUCUUACUCCGCCUUACUUGCCUUACGCCCUGGCAGGUCGCUGCGAUGGUGUUGCGGUCAUUAUUGAUCACACGGUUACGGGGUCUCCCAACACGACAAUAUCUUUCGUUUACGAAAACUGGAUACAGCGGAAACUCUCUCAAGCGCAAAAUGACAAAAACCUCGAAGCCAUUACGAGACUGCAAUACAACGUCGAACCAUUAGAGGACAGUGAUAGCUCACUUCUCUGGGUGGGGCACCGUAAGAGGGCGAAAAAGGUCGUCCUGUUCUUCCAUGGAGGGGGCUACAUCUCGCCCAUGUUACCAGGACAUCUCGAGUGGUGUUGGAGAGCGUACGUGGAAGCCGGGCUGGAGGUGGGCACCGAAGUCGCGGUUGCAGUGCUCGAGUACACGCUUUGUCCCGGUGCCAGAUUCCCAGUGCAGCUUCAGCAAGCCGUGAGUGGCCUUUCGCGUCUCCUGUCAUCCGGGUUCCACGAGCACGAUAUCAUUAUCGGGGGAGAUUCGGCGGGAGGGAACUUAACUGCGCAGAUGCUCAGUCAUCUGGCCCAGCCAUAUUCCACGGUUAGGAAAAUUGAGCUUUCUCAGCCCCUGGCUGGGGCUUUCCUCGUCUCUCCGUGGCUCAGCCGGCACACCACCGGUGGCUCGUUCACUGAUAACCGCCGAAUCGACAUGCUUUCGGGACCAAUCGUUGACAAGUCUACGAAAGAGCUGUUGGGCUAUAAAGUCACGGACCAGGAACGGCGAAUAUCAGCCAAACUUGCAUUUCCGUUAGAUAUGGACGGAUCCCCGUCGACCCUGGGUGGCUUGGCCGAUGUUGCCGAUCAACUCUACGUCACGGCGGGGAGCCACGAAGUCCUCCGAGACCAGGCAGUGAGCUACGUCCACCAGGUGAAACACUUGAACCCGCGUUUGGUGGUGAAGUUCGACCUUUUUGAGGGCCAAGCGCAUGACUUUAUCCUCCUUGAGGGGCAAGAGGAACGCAAUGGGGAGUCUAUUGAGGGUAUGAAGACAUGGGUGAAGGAUGUUCUGGCUGCAUACUCUGGGCACUCCGGCUCCGGCUCCGGUCCAGCGUGCGCCUCCCAACAGAGGGUUGCAUCGGAGGUUUUGCCGCCACAGCGUCAAGAUAGCACUUCCGAAGGAUGUCUUCCAGGCCAAACAUCCAUUACCAGUCCUUCGGCCACCUUGGUCUCAGAUAUCGGCCAGCGUGGCCAGACUAACACGCCGUCAGCCACUUCUCAAGAUACCCACGAGACCUGCAGCGGGGUCACUGCAAUGGGCACAAUGGUCUCGGAAGAUGUUCUCACCGCUUCACCUCGGGGGCACCGGGAAUUUUACGGCAGCUCGUCUGCUGUGUCCUUCCUCAAAGAGGCAUGUGGGCCUAUAAGCUCGGCAUCCCCAUCAAACAUGAACGGAGCUCGGCAGGAGGAAGUCCAGGCUCGCCAGACGAGGGACAUCUUAGCGGCGUAUUCGAACCCGGAAAAAUUCCACCUUCCACCGAGGCCAGUAGCAGACCACUUCGUACAGAGGUAUUUCGAGCGUGUUUACUACUUGUAUCCGUUCUUUGACCGCGAGGCCUUCGAGGCAGAAUACCAGCGCCUAUGGCAGCCGGGAAGCCCAACGGACAACAGCGGUGCUAGCGUCGAACCAAACCUCGGGAUAGGCGGUCAUCCAGACGGUGACAUCAGCACAGGCGUUUUUCAGUCCUCCCUUAACGCCAUUUUCGCUCUAGGAUGUACCUAUUCAGACCUCCCCGCAGCGGAGAAGCCAGCGGCAGUUGAGGCAUUUCUAAACCGCUCUAAAGACCACAUCGGAAUAGACCUUUUGGACACGAACAAUAUCGGUGUCGUGCAGGCCCUCCUCCUCGUGGCUCUUGCACUUCAGGGAAUGCCGCAUCCUCAUAGAUGCUGGAAUUCCGUUGGUGUUGCUUGUCGCGUGGCUCAGGGGCUCGGACUUCACAUCGAGGCGAGCUACCAUCAAUGCGAGCCACGGGAGAAACGGGUCCGCCGGCAAACUUGGUAUGGUUGUAUAGUUAUGGAAAUGCUCGUCAGUAUGACCUUUGGCCGCCCGUAUAUGGCUCUAAAUAUGCCUACCUUCCCGCCAACGGGGAUUGUUAACGAUAUUUCAUCCCUACCGAAUUCGGAGCAGGAGCAUCAGAAGUUUCAGUUUCAUGAAGAGAGUGUUCGCCUCAGCAAGAUCCUGGAAGGGAUCCUCUCUAAGAUUUACCAGCCCUGGCUUCAUCGGAAUCCAACCGGAGAGCCGACGGCGACACCCGUGUUAGACAUAGCUGCCCACUACAGCUUGGAUGAUACGGUGGAGCUUCACGCGCAGCUGGAUGGAUUUGAACGUUCCGUCCGGGCCCCACUAUCGUGGAGCUCUCUGAGGGACCAAGAUGUACAGGCUAGGGAUUACAUUAUUCUUCAGACACAGCGGAAUGUGCUUCAUGCUAGGUUCUUAUAUUUGCGUUUGAUGCUCCACCGGCCCAUCCUCAGCCGUUUGGUAACCAAGAUGGGUGCUUUCGAGGCUCUGGACUCAACUCGCAUCAAUACUCUCACCGACGAGCUGACGUCUUCAUUCGAACUCGAAUGCGGGAAAGUCUGUGUUGAAGCUGCCAUUAAACUCUCCGCUUUAAUAUUCGCCACCCAUCAGACGGAAACUGCUGAUAUGUGGUGGUGGAAUGGUCUAUCGGCAUUCAGUCCUUUGAGUCGCAAGUCCAUAGACCUCUUGAUCAAGGUCGAUAACAUUGUUCUGGCUACACAAACUGCUAGGAAUCGUGGUCCGGUUGAGCAGCCCGAGCAAGGGGUGAACGGUGACGGGCCAGGCGUUGUCGUAGCGGAGGACCGCGGAGUUGCAUGUGGGGAUAUUGACCCUACACUUGCUGUUAGUUUCGAUAUACAAGACGCUGGACAGUUCGGAUUCCCGGGGUCCUUUCUUGCGUGGGAUCAAACAUUGGAUUUCAUGCCUCCUGAUUUCUAUUAG